AAAAUCAGAAAAAACACCAACUUCAGAUUAUUUUGGGUUGUUAUCUGAACGAGGAAACCACCACCAACCCAAAAGGAAAAAGGGAAAAAUCCACCCUUUCUUUCCUUGAUCUGCCCGCUUCCCGUUUUGUUACAUAGGCCUCAAAAUUCUAUAUCAGAUUAUGUACACGGGAGGGCAGGCAGGUUGAAUUUGAUUUAGUGUAUAUAAGUUCUAAUUUUUUUGUAAUUUUUUUUCCUUUUAGAUGAAGUAAUUGAAGUUAUCAUUAGUAUCAAAUCAAAGCAAAGAAACCGAUUUUGUAUCUUUUGCUUUGGACGCCAAAAGGCAGUCUUGGAAGAUCAAAUUUGUUAGCUUUCUUGGAGAAAAAUUGAGUUUCUGGGUUUUGUGUGAUGGGUUUAUUAGUUGAUUCGAAAGACGGUGGUGGAGGUGGAGGAAGUGGAAAACAGGGUUCACGGGGUGGUCUGAAUAGUUUUAUAAGGAGGAAACAGGUGGACUCGGUUCACGUGAAGUCUGGGGGUCAACAGUUGGCCAAGGAAUUGACUAUUCCCCAUCUUGUUGCAAUUGGAGUUGGCUCGACGAUCGGAGCAGGAGUCUAUAUUCUUGUUGGAACAGUGGCUAGGGAGCACUCUGGACCAGCCCUGGCAAUUUCCUUUCUAAUAGCUGGAAUAGCUGCAGCUCUUUCAGCCUUUUGUUAUGCUGAGCUUGCAAGUCGCUGCCCUUCUGCUGGGAGCGCCUAUCACUAUACGUACAUAUGCAUUGGAGAAGGUGUUGCUUGGUUGGUCGGUUGGGCUUUGGUUCUAGAAUAUACAAUUGGUGGUUCAGCGGUUGCUCGUGGCAUAUCCCCUAAUCUGGCAUUACUUUUUGGAGGAGAGGACAGUCUGCCUGCUUUUAUAGCCCGGCAAUAUAUUCCUGCGCUCGAUAUGGUGGUUGACCCCUGUGCAGCAAUUUUAGUAUUUAUUGUCACAGGGCUCUUGUGUGUGGGAAUCAAGGAGAGUACGUUGGCACAAGGCAUUGUGACGACAGCAAAUGUAUGUGCAAUGAUAUUUGUCAUAGUAGCUGGUACUUACUUGGGUUUCAAGACUGGCUGGGCUGGAUAUGAACUUCCUACUGGGUACUUUCCCUUUGGGGUGAAUGGUAUGCUUGCUGGGUCAGCAACUGUCUUUUUUGCAUACGUUGGUUUUGAUACAGUUGCCAGCGCUGCUGAAGAGGUGAAGAAUCCUCAACGAGAUUUGCCACUGGGUAUUGGUGCUGCCCUAUCUAUUUGCUGUGCGUUAUAUAUGUUGGUUUCAAUAGUCAUUGUUGGUUUAGUGCCUUAUCAUGAAAUGGAUCCUGACACACCCAUCUCUACUGCAUUUGCUAGUCAUGGGAUGCAAUGGGCUGCGUAUGUGGUAACUGCUGGAGCUGUUACUGCUCUCUGCUCAUCAUUGAUGGGUUCUAUUCUUCCUCAGCCACGAAUCCUGAUGGCAAUGGCUAGAGAUGGAUUGCUGCCAUCAUUUUUCUCAGAUAUUAAUAAACGCACUCAAGUUCCUGUGAAGAGUACAAUCACAACUGGGAUUGUUGCUGCGGUCUUGGCAUUCUUUAUGGAUGUUUCACAGUUGGCAGGAAUGGUUAGCGUGGGUACGCUUCUUGCAUUCACCAUGGUAGCAAUAUGUGUACUGAUACUCAGAUAUGUCCCACCGGAUGAGGUGCCUUUGCCUUCAUCUCUUCAGGAGUCCAUUGAUUCAGUGUCAUCGUGGCGCGGAAGGAAUUCUCAUGAGAUUAGUGAGGAAGAUCCUAAGGCUUAUGUUGGUUCUUCCAAGGAAAGUACUAAACCUCUACUUGACAAAGUGGAUAUCUUGGUUGAACUUCCUCUGAUUGAAAAGCAAUUGCCUUUUGUUAACUUACCAGGCAAUUGGAAAGGCAAAGAAAGGGUUAUCUGCACUUGCAGUUAACCGCAUUAUUGAAAGUACAUUUCCCAACUAUAAAUCAGGAGUGCACAUUCAGGCAUGAUUCUACACACUCAAAUGGCCUAAUUGAUAGUCUGACAUCAUAACAAGUCAGACGGACUGGAAAAAAAUUACUUGAUACAUAUGUAUACGGGGGAAUACUCUCUUGUCAUACUUAUGUUUCCAGAAUGAAUCUGGGCCACACUUUCAGGAAAGAAUCAACCUGAUAAAUAGUGGAUAUUUCUGGCGUUAUAUUUGUAUCAAAACAUCUGUUUAUGAAGUUGUGCUCUGCUUUCAUGUCAUCUAGAUCAUUCUGAAAUGCUUUUGCA